AUGGUUGAAAAUGCAUGUUUCAAUUACGAUAGAUUAAAUCACACAAUAUCUCAAAUUAAUUCAUCAAAUCAUCCGAUUAUUCUAAAUCGAAGUGCAAGUAUAGGAUGGACUCAACAACGGCUUAUUACAAAAGAUGGAAAUAUUAAUUUUCGAAGAUUACAUAUUGAAGAUCGUAUUCGUUAUUUAAAAGAUAUUUUUAUAUCAUUAUUAGAUUUACCAUGGAUAUGGAUAUUAUUUUUAUUUAUUUUUUGUUUUGUCACAUCAUGGAUUUUAUUUGCUAUUAUUUGGUAUGUUAUAAUGAUUAUUCAUGGUGAUUUUUCAAAUAAAACAUUAAAUAGAACUGAUGAUAAUUAUAUUCCUUGUGUUGCUGGUGUUAAAUCAUUUAGUGGUGCACUUCUUUAUUCAAUAGAAACUCAACAAACAAUUGGUUAUGGAACUCGAGCUGUAACUGAAAAAUGUACAGCUGGAAUUAUUCUUGUAAUAAUUCAAAGUUGUUUUGGUCUUUUAAUUCAAGCUUUAUGGGUUGGUCUUGUUUAUACAAAAUUAUCUCGUCCACGAAAACGUCGUCGAACAUUAAUCUGGUCACGACAAGCUAUCAUUUCACUUCGUGAUGGACUUUUAACAUUACAAUGUCGAUUAGGUGAUAUGCGUCAUAGAUCAACAUUAGUUGAAGCUCAUAUAAGAAUGUAUUAUGUUUCAAAACGUCGAACAAAAGAAAAUGAAAUAAUUCCACUUCAGUUAACUGAUAUGGAUGUAGGUUUUAAUGCUGGAAAAGAUAGAUUAUUUCUUAAUUGGCCACUUAUUAUUGAACAUAAAAUUGAUAUGCGAAGUCCAUUAUAUACAAUGGAUAAAACGACAAUUUAUAACGAAAAAUUUGAAAUUCUACUUGUUCUUGAAGGAAUUAUUGAACCAACAGGAAUGGUUACACAAGCUAAAACUUCUUAUCUACCUAAAGAAAUAAUUUGGGGAGCAAGAUUUGAAAGAAUGAUUCAUUUUGAUAAUCUUUAUUAUACUGUUGAUUAUUCGAAAUUUAAUUCAAUUAUUAAAGAUAAUUGUACAACUGAUUGUUCAGCUAAACAACUUCAAGAACAAAUUAAUAAUAAUUAA